UGGCUGGUACUCCAGUUAAAUGCAUACUACUAAAAGCCGAGUACCAAUAACGAACAAUCAUUUCCGGGUUGAAUCUAGACGUGUCAAAAAUGUCGAAGGUAACUUUCAAGAUUACACUCACUUCGGACCCGAAACUUCCGUAUAAAGUGUUGUCUGUGCCAGAAGCUACCCCAUUCACAGCAGUACUAAAGUUUGCUGCUGAAGAAUUUAAGGUUCCUGCGGCAACAAGUGCUAUUAUAACCAAUGAUGGGAUAGGAAUAAACCCUGCACAAAGUGCUGGCAAUGUGUUUUUAAAACAUGGAUCUGAACUACGAUUGAUACCCAGGGACAGAGUAGGGCAUUGACUAAGGACAAUAUUCAUCUAGGAUUAAUUAAUUUACCAUUCUCUUUCAUGUGAAGCUUUAUAACAGAAAGAAGUCAGCAACAUGCCUGUUAUUAUACCAUACCUUAUCUCGUGAUAUAUGCAUUGGAAAACUGAACCUGUUAAAAUGGUUAAGAUACAUCUAGUCAGUCAGUUAAAUGUUGACAAAUUUUGAACUAUGCCAGGUUCAUUUUAAUAUACAUCACAAAAACAUGAAACUGAAUGAAUUAUAUUUUAUAUUAAAAUGAUAAUAAUAAGAACUUAAGAUUAAUUACCAGUAAUGGAUAUUAAGAUCAACAUCAAAGUGAAAUGCUGCAUGAAUCAAAAUAGUUACAAAUAUUGUUCUAUUUGUUAACUGACUGAUGCUCUCUCUAUUUUGCUACUUCAGAUAUUUAAGUCAGGAAAUAUUUUAAACUGAUUUUUACAUACAUGUACAUUUUUGUAUAUUGAGUUUUUGUACCUUAAAUCGGUAUAUGGCAAAGGAAAAGUUUUGUUUAUGAAAGUUAUUUUUUUGGAUGUUUAUAUGUUAUGAAAAAAAAUUGUAACUUAAAAGUUAAAACUAAUAUGCAUUUGCAAAAUUUGAUCUUUGUUCAAUAUUUUAUCUAAUUUUUUUGUCCAGCAAAUACUCUAAUAUUUUUCCAUGUAAAUUUUUAGAAAAUGUUCAGUGCAAAGUGAAAUCAUUGUUGUUAUAUAAGAAUGAAAGUAAUUGCUGUUUUAUUCAUAUAGGUUAGAAAUGUGGAAGAAUCAGUGACAGAAUACUGUAAAGUAUGAUCAUGUACAGAUACUUGUAUAUUGUACUUGAAACUGUAAAAAGACUUCUACAAGGUUGUUCCAUAAAAUGUUGUUAAGGCAAUACUUUUAUCAUGAUUUUAUAUUGUAUUUAUCAUUCAUCAAUUUCUUGUAACUACAGAAAACAAUUUUCAACAUCAGAAACAAAUUUUAUGUCAUGUUAAAAAAAAUAGAUAAUCCUAAUUAAAUUUUUUAUGUUAAUUUUUAAAAUUUGUUUAUUAGUCUCAUUUGAUAACACUCACACAGAUAUGUUAAAACUAGUGAGUUAGCCACUGAGAUUAAAUGUUUUAUAGCAAGAACAGUGCUUACUUUAUAAUAAAGUGAUGCACUGCCACACCUAGCAGAAUACAGGACUGGCCUAUAGCAAGAGAUCUAAAUAUAAUACAGUAGCACAAUGUUUGCUCUCACUUCUUAUAUGUUUAAUUUAGUUUAUUCAAUUAUAAAUUUGGAUAUUUGAAAUACUCAAACAAAAUCGUAAUUGGACUUACUUGUGAAGAAGUAUACACCCAUUUGAAAAUAUAGUUCCUGAACAAUUUGCUUUUUCUAAGUGACAUGCUCAUUUUUUUUGUUAUCCAGUUGAGCUUAUUAAGUUACAUAUUUUAUAACAUGAAAUAUUAUGGUUAUUGACCAACAAUUAAUAAUAAAAAAUAAUUUUUAUAAAAUAUUAAAAUUGCCUAUAAUAUCAAAAAGACUGCAACACUCUUUUUAACAAUUGAAUGAUACAAAUACUUUCUGAAGCAUAUUGUAGAAUUUUCCAUGAGUCACAUGUGUUGUUAAUUAUUUUUGUUAUUCAUUAUUUUUUUGUUAUUGAUUAUUUUUGUGUAGUAGUAAACAAAAUUGAUAACAAUUCUGGCAAAAACGUAAUUUUUUAAAACUUUUCCCUGCAUGGACACUAAUAAUGUCACUAAGAUGGGCAUAAUGUCAUUUGAAUGAUAACUUGUUUCUUGGUGUAAUAUUAAAUGAUUGUUAUAUUUAUUAAAAUGAAAAUAAAUUGUUUUUGUAAAGAUA